CGGAGGAGGGGCUCGCGCAAAGUUCCUGACAGUUCGCGCAGUCCGGUUUAAAGACCCGCUUCAUAUUAGCUGCAACGACCACCCGAAUAGAUAGACUCCGCUAUAGUUCAAUUAAUCGUCAGUAUGGAUAGAAGUGAGAGUUUUAAUUUGCUACAUUUCUGUCUGCGUUUUCCAGCAGGUAAUUAGAUUAUAUAGCCAACGAGCUGCGUUUUAAAUGUUAAAUUAGUUGUUAUAUUUGCGGCUGCACGUGACGCGUCCAUAAAAUGAACUUACACAGCUGGUGCGCUUGUAAACAAAACUAAUAAAAGAAGCGCAGUCAAAUUCAACACGUCUAGUAGAUCCACACACGCAGGAUUUCAUUCGGACGUCUGGACGGUGUUUUUAAGAGUGUCUGGUGUUCCUCUCGCGCGCAGGCGGACCACCGGACGGAGCGGCGCGUGCUCAUCAUCGGCUCAGCAGAGCUGUCAUGCUGCCUAAAUUCGAGUCAGAAUCUCUGGGACUCGCUCGAUCGCAUGGGGAACAGGGGCAUAUGCCUGGAAACAUGCAAGCCCCCCAGUUUAAAAUGAUGGACUACUCCUAUGAUGAAGACUUGGAUGAAAUGUGUCCAGUGUGCGGAGACAAGGUGUCCGGAUAUCACUACGGGUUACUGACCUGUGAGAGUUGCAAGGGCUUCUUCAAGCGUACGGUGCAAAACAACAAGCGCUACACAUGUAUAGAGAACCAGAGCUGUCAAAUAGACAAGACCCAGAGGAAACGCUGUCCCUACUGCCGCUUUCAGAAGUGCCUGACUGUCGGCAUGAAACUGGAGGCUGUGAGGGCCGAUCGAAUGAGAGGAGGUCGGAACAAGUUCGGCCCCAUGUACAAACGAGACCGGGCUCUCAAGCAACAGAAGAAAGCCUUGAUCCGGGCCAAUGGACUCAAGCUAGAAGCCAUGACACAAGCCAUGCAGACAGUCCCAGCAGACCUCACCAUUACCUCCGCUAUUCAGAACAUCCAUUCAGCCUCCAAGGGGCUUCCACUGAGCCACCAUCACCACCACCACCACCACCACCACAGCACCUCCAGUGCAGGGCUACCACCUGCAGACUUUGAUCGUAGCCCCUUCGUAACCUCCCCGGUCAGCAUGGCCAUGCCACCACACGCCGGUGGCUUGCAAGGCUACCAGGCGUAUGGCCACUUCCAGAGCCGCACCAUCAAGUCAGAGUACCCUGACCCCUACACAAGCUCACCAGAGUCCCUCAUGGGCUACCCAUACGUAGAGGCCUACGCUGGUGGAUCACCUCCCACCUUCCCCCACCUGGUGGUAGAGCUGCUCAAGUGCGAGCCGGACGAACCCCAGGUGCAAGCAAAGAUACUAACGUACCUGCAGCAGGAACAGGCCAGUCGAGGCAAGCACGAAAAACUCAACACCUUUGGCCUCAUGUGCAAGAUGGCAGACCAGACACUGUUCUCCAUCGUAGAAUGGGCAAGGAGCAGCAUCUUCUUCCGAGAACUGAAGGUUGAUGACCAAAUGAAGCUUCUCCAGAACUGUUGGAGUGAACUCCUCACCCUGGACCAUGUUUUCCGGCAGGUGAUGCAUGCCAAAGAGGGCUCCAUCCUCCUAGUCACGGGGCAACAGGUGGAUUAUGCCCUAAUUGCCUCCCAAGCCGGGGCAACACUCAACAACCUCCUGAGUCACGCGCAGGAGCUGGUGAGCAAACUGCGUUCCCUCCAGCUGGACCAGAGGGAAUUUGUCUGCCUCAAGUUCCUGGUGCUGUUCAGCUUGGAUGUGAAAAACCUAGAGAACUUCCAUCUGGUGGAGAGCGUCCAAGAACAGAUCAAUGCCGCAUUGCUGGACUACGUCAUGUGCAACUACCCCCAGCAGACAGACAAAUUCGGCCAGCUGCUGCUGCGGUUGCCGGAGAUCCGGGCCAUCAGCCUGCAGGCGGAGGAGUAUCUGUACUACAAACACCUGAAUGGUGACGUGCCCUGUAACAAUCUACUUAUAGAGAUGCUGCACGCCAAACGUGCCUGAGGACUGGCGGCAACACGACCGCAAACCUUUCGUCUCAACGCAUCGCACGCACUGCUCCCAGCACCACCUCAGUCAAGCGUCAUCGACAGACAUAGCCUUUGAAUAAUGAAACGUGCGUACGUGAGAUGCGCACUGACUGAGUGGGUUUGCAAUGCGCCAGACAGUUCGUACUGGCUCUACGGUUUGUAGAUAAGAAAAGGGAAGAUGAAACCUAAAAGCAAGCGUUUGGCUCAAGGGGCAGAUACAUUUCUGAUUAAGAAAUGAAAUGAACCAAACAAAUAGUGUUUUAAUGACCUCUUGGCCACCGAUUUGUCAUAGUGUUGUCGAACCAUGACUGUCCGUCCUUAUUUGUUCUUUGUGCAGCUGACCUUGUGAAUCAAAGGUCAAAUUUACACUCAGACUUAAGUUGGAGGGUUUAAGAUUACCGGACUGGGCUUUCUUUCAUGACUUAAAACUGGUUUGCCAGCAUUGACCCAAUGUUUCCAUUAGGGCCUGGCCAUGUGCCCCCCAAUCCUCACUCCCUCUUGUCUGUUUUAAGGCACACAAACUGGGCCAGAGCCAGAUUUGUAAUGGACAACCAGCCAGUGCCCACAUCUGUGCCACCCACAAAGACUUUAUUCCAACCCCUCACCAAAAAAUAAGUAUUUCUAUUAAAAUUGGCAGUCAUUUCUUCUUCUUUGUCACUCUGAGGCUGAGUAUCGCAAGCAUCUUCCUUCCAAAAGUAAAAAAGAGAAAGAUAUCCUCAUGACAUUUUCAUUUAUAGGUGCAAAAAUUUUACUUUUUUGUUUUAUUGUAACAUUUUUUGCAGAUUUUUGCAGUUUUACGGGAGAAAGGACAUGGGUUCCAAGAACAAAAUACAGUCUCAGAGGCAGAAUGAAAAAAUACUGCCUCAUUCAACACAAGACCAAAGCCUGCAGAGAACAAAAAUGAAAAAAAAAAAAAAAGUGAAACAACCAACCUUAACUAUCAGUAUUAAUAAUUUGAUGUCACAGUCAUGUGAGUCUUGCCUUAUUUCAUUUCCAUGUUAGCUAACAGUGCUGAUGUGAACUAAGAUAUGUAAAAUAAA